AUGGCGGAGAGCGGGGACUUAGACUUGGGACAGCUGUCGGCAAGUCAGCAAGAGGCUUUGCAGCAGUACACCAGUGUCACAAACCAAGACCUUAAGGAUGCGAUCGCCAUCGCCAAGUUCUUUGACGGCGAGGGCCCCGACCCAGUCGCGGAAGCCAUAGCGCAGGACAUUCCACGGACAACAGCACGGCAUGAGAACCUCCAAGAAAGUUUGCAUGCCUCGGCAGGCCGACCGCAAGCUCCCCGAAGAGAUCGCCCUGAGCCCGCACCGCGAGUCGUUCCCCAGCCGAAUGCCUUCCACCGGCCUCCUUUUCUGAUCGGGCUGCUGUUGGCACCCUUCAGCAUCGGAUACAGUAUCGCGUCCAAGAUCUUCCGUACGGUCUUCUACGUGCUCAACUUCCUCCCAAGGCAGAUUCGGCCACGGGCCAUCACGAGUGGACCGGGAACUGGACUAAGAAGCACCAAUGGACGCCGCAUGUUAAUGCCUCGGGAUACGGCUGCACGUUUUAAACGCGAGUUCGAAGAAGAGUACGGUAACACGGGGUUGCCGUGGUUCGAGGGUGGCGUUGCUCAGGCGCAAGACCUGGCCAAAAAAGAACUCAAAUUUCUCCUCAUGGUCCUCAUGUCGCCCGAGCACGACGACACAGAAUCCUUCACGAGAGAGACGCUGCUGGCCCCCGAUGUGGUCAGCUUCAUCAAUGACCCAGCAAACAACGUCAUUCUGUGGGGCGGCAACAUACUGGACUCGGAAGCGUACCAGGUUGCUCAAGAAUACAACUGCACCAAGUACCCGUUCUCGGCAAUCGUAUGCCUCACACCCAAGGAGGGAAGCACCAGAAUGAGUAUCAUCAAGCGCCUGGCCGGCCCUAUGCCAGCAUCUACAUAUCUCUCGGAGGCACAGGCCGCCAUUAACAAGUAUGCGCCGGACCUGGCAGGCGUUCGGGCGGACAGAACAGCGCAGGAAGUGACGCGGAGCCUCAGGAACGAACAGGAUUCCGCCUACGAGCGAUCGUUGGCCAAGGACAGAGAAAGAGCACGGCAACGGCGCGAGGCGGAAAAGGCGGCGGCGGAGGCCGCGCGGAAGGCCGAGGAAGAGACCGAGGCUGCCGCAAGACGCGAGGAACAGCGGGAGAAGUGGAAACGCUGGCGGGCGACGAUAAUGGAUGAAGAGCCGCCGGCGAGCAGCAAGGAUGUUGUCCGAAUUGCGCUCAAAUUGCCCGAGUCGUCCGGAGGGGGGAGAAUUGUGCGCCGAUUCCGAAACGAUACAACGAUGGAAGCACUCUAUGCGUUUGUGGAAUGCUACGACGUAUUGACGGCCGAGGAAGUCAAGACGGAGAAGGCAACAGCGAAGCCCGAAGGCUACGAGCACGAGUACCAAUUCCGUAUCGCAUCUGUUAUGCCCCGGAUUGUAUACGAGCCCAGUACGGAGGAGACGAUGGCACAAAAGAUUGGACGGUCAGGAAACCUGAUUGUGGAAGACAUGUUGGCCGACGGCGAGUCAGACGAAGGAGAGGAUUACUCGUCGUGA